CCCCAAGGAGAACCCAAUCAUAUCUCGUGUUUCACCUUCUUCCCCUCCUGCACCUCUGUUUCUGUCAUCUGUAUUUUCAGCUCAGAUCCACCCACCCCCACACAAAGCUAAACCACCUCAGUUCUCCAUACACAUUCAAUCACCUCAACUUCUAAGGAACAGGAAAUUGCCAUGAGUGUGGUGUAUAGUCCUGCUCUCAAGUACCCAGGAAUGGAUCCUAGAAACAUCAAACAACAACAACAACAACGUUGUCUGCAGCAGCAGCAAAUUUCUGGCCUAUUAAGGUACCGGCGUUCUGCUCCGAGCUCAUCGCCGGAAAACCUGGUGGAAAGUGAAGGAGGUUGCGCAGAUUUGGAUCAUCAACAACAUGAGCGAAGAAGUUAUGUUCCAUCCUUUGAUGCAGAAAUGGAAGGCAUGUUGGAUUCUGGUUCCAACAGUGGAUGGAGCAAUGUGAAGAAUGAAGGAGGAGGACGGGGAGGGUCUGUUUUCUGUAAUGAAGAUGAUCAACCAAUUUACCAUUCUCAUGAAAGAUUCCAAGAAUUUGCAGGAAGUGGAUCAUGUUCAAGUGUGAUGAUGAUGAACACUGUGAUGGGUUUUCAGAACUCCACUCAAUCCAAAAUGGCUUCACGGAAUUGUUCCAAUAAUCUUCUCCUCAGGCACAAGAGCUCACCUCCCGGGUUUUUCUCCAAUUUCUCUCUCACAAAUGGUUUUGCGUCACUGGUUGAACAAGCUACAACAUCCACUAAUGGCUUGAAUGCUGCCUUUACCUUCUCAUCUGAGCCAUCUUCCUCUUGCCCAAGAAGGAUGCCUCAGAUCUCUGAAAAUGGAAAUGAAGCCCUACAACACCAACAAGACCAAGAAGACGAAGCAGCAGCAGCAGCAGCAAGAACCUGUGUUGAAACUAGAGGCCUGCAGAGAAAUGACAAUGGAGGGCACCACAAAGAUUAUAUCAAUAUGCCCAGUUUCACAAGUGACUUCUGGGACAGUUCUUCAUUCACGGCUAAAAAAACACCCAGUGACAGCAAUGAAUUCAUAUUUUCUACUUCAGGUGCUUUGGAAUCUCAGCAAGCAGAGCAAUUUAGAUAUCAAAAUGUUGGGCUGACUCAUCAAAUGAGUUUGCCUAGUUCUUCAGACCGGAAGGGCGGCAUAGAGAGGAUUUUGCAUAUUCAAGAAUCUGUUCCCUGUAAAAUUAGAGCCAAAAGAGGCUUUGCUACUCACCCAAGAAGCAUUGCUGAGCGGGUGAGAAGAACAAGGAUCAGUGAAAGAAUAAAGAAGCUGCAAGAGCUUUUCCCAAAAUCAGACAAGCAAACAAGCACAGCAGAUAUGUUGGAUUUGGCAGUUGAUUAUAUUAAAGACCUGCAAAAUCAAGUUAAGAUACUAACAGAUACAAGGGCAAAGUGCAGAUGCUCGAGUGUUCAAAAGCAACACUGAUCAUGAAAUGGGUCUUCCAAGUUAAUAUUUUAUAAAGCUUUUUGAAGUAAUUAUUUUUAACCGUUGGAUUUAUUAGACAGUUCAGAUCAUGUCAUCUAACCAAGGUUAUAAUUAGAAGUGUGCAUGAUCGAUCAGAUUUCUGCCCAACAAAAAAUUCAACGGCCAAGAACCAGUACAUCAGAAUAUUUUGUAUUUCAAGUGUUUAGAUGCUUAAUCUUCAUGAUUCUUGAAGAUGGAAAAAGGAAUGAGGAAAUUAACGUUUCCUAGUUAGUCUCUUCAUCACUUCUAUUUUUUAUUUUAAUUCUUUUAACUUCCCUUCAA